AUGUCAACACACGCCGCACAACUGCUCGAGCAGCAACUAUUCACUGCAAUCAAGACACAAAUCAUCAGUCUCGCAACGCCUCUUUACGGCACAAGAUCAGAAGACGCAUUGAAAGUCUAUGAUGUAGUCACUUACAGCAUAACCACCAACAAUGGCGGCAGUAGCAACGAUAGCAGAAGCACCUUCAAUACUGCCAGCACCAGCAGCAGCGACGAUGCUGAAGAGAAAGCGAUGUCGACAUAUGGAGUGGCAUUGAUUCUCUACACUGGCUCUUCAAGUUCACCAUUCACAUCAUGGACACUGAUCAGCCAUGUGGAAGAUCAGCCCAACAUCAUCACUGGGGUGAACUGUCUGUUGGAGGACUUGAGGAAGGGGAUGGGUGGAGUUAUCGGUGUCUGCAUGCAGACGGGUAAUUGGAAGACGAAACAUGAGAGCAUUCCCAAUAUUGCGGGUGUAGGCGAGGGAGGGCAGGAGGGUGAGGAGGAAGUCGAGCAUGAGCAUGGGGGUGAUGGAGGGGACAAUAAGGACAGCAUGCGUGGCGCUGAAGGUGGCGGCGACAGAAUGGACGAUGACAGCGAAGACCUGGAGCAGACCGGCUGGAGUCCAGGGCUGUCAUCCAUCAUCGAGGAGGCGUAG